UACUCUGCUCCUUCUACCCGGAGCUGUGGAGGCGUUCUUGGGGAAGAAGCAACAGGCGGACCGAAGAAAGUCCGCGGAGUCUGGAUAUUAAACCCGGUGUCAAGGCUUCGGUUAAUUAAUGAGAAAGAGGGCAGUCUAUAGUCCGUCUCUAAAUGGAGCUACUUCGGUUUUCCGCUUUUUGGUGUGGAGCGAUACUCUUUGGUAGUAUUCAGCUCGAGGAGGCGGGAGCCUCUAUAAUGAAGAUAAAAAGGCUGUGCAAGUUCUGUGAUGUGCAUCCCACCAGCUGCAAGGGUAAAGGGAGCUGCAAGGUGGAGUGUGAGAUCACAGCCAUCUGCCCCAACGACGACGAUGUGUGUGUCAGUAUCUGGAGGAAGAAAGAUGACAAUUACACCUUUGAUACACUCUGCCACAACCGCUCUCAGAAGCUGCACGGCCUGGUCUUGGAGGAUUACAACAAUAGCAAGUGUGAGAUGAAAGAGAAGAAGGGCAUGGGCUCUCAGUUCUUUAUCUGCUCCUGCUCUGAGGAUGAGUGCAACGAGCACAUCUUCUUUAACUCCUCCCCUGAGUCCCAGGUGGUGGCCGUCAUCUUAGUGAGCCUGGUGCCUCUGCUGGUUAUGGCGGUUUUCGUCAUCACUUCCUUCUACUGUUAUCGUGUCUACCGCCAGCGGCAGGCCAACUCCAGACGCAAGAGGGGUCCUCCACUGGACUUCAGCGACGCUCACGCCAUCAUGAUAGACGACGAGGGUUCAGACAGCAGCUCCACGCACGCCAACAACCUCAACCACAACACGGAGCUGCUGCCCAUCGAGCUGGACGUUCAGGUUGGAAAGGGACGCUUUGCAGAGGUGUACAAAGCCAAGCUGAAGCAGGGCUCAACCGUCAGCGAGGAGCAGGGCUUCGAGACGGUGGCUAUUAAGAUCUUCCAGUACGAAGAGUACGCCUCCUGGAAGAACGAGAAAGAGAUUUUCUCUGACGCAGACUUGAAACACGAGAACGUGCUUCACUUCCUGACGGCAGAGGACAGGAAGGUACAGAGACAGUGCUGGCUGAUCACAGCGUACCACCCGAAAGGAAACCUCCAGGAGUUCUUGAUUCACCACAUCAUCAGCUGGCACGACCUGUGGCUGCUGGGGGGCUCGCUAGCGAGUGGAGUGGCGCACCUUCACAGCGACCACACACCCUGCGGCCGCUACAAGGUGCCAAUUGCACACAGGGACAUUAAGAGCUCCAACAUACUCGUGAAAAGCGACUUGACCUGCUGCCUGUGUGACUUCGGCCUCGCCCUGCGCCUGGACAAUGCUCUGUCUGUGGACGAGCUGGCCAACAGUGGGCAGGUGGGAACAGCCAGGUACAUGGCCCCGGAGGUGUUGGAGUCCAGAAUCAACCUGGAAAACAUUGAGUCUUUCAAACAGGCCGAUGUUUACUCCAUGGCUCUUGUUCUGUGGGAGAUCAUCUCCAGGUGUAACGCAAUCGGAGAGGUGAAAGAGUACGAGCCGCCCUUUGGGAACCUGAGGGAACACCCGUGUGUAGAGAGCAUGAAGGACAGUGUUCUCCGAGACAGAGGACGACCUGAGAUCCCCAACAGCUGGAUCAAUCACCCAGGCAUCCAGAUGGUGUGCGCCUCCAUAGACGAGUGCUGGGACCACGACCCGGAGGCCCGUCUGACAGCCCAGUGUGUUGCUGAGCGCUUCGACGACAUGGAGUACCUGGACAAGCUGUCAGAUCGCUCCGACUCAGAGGAGAAGAUCCCCGAGGAAAUCCUAAUGGUGGAUGAGAAGUAGAGCUCAACAGAAACACUGCCCCCACCAGGGUGGAAGAGGAACUACAACCAAGCAGCUGGGAGACAAAGAAACUCCAGUGGAUGUUGUUUGCUAUCAGAAAUAUGUACUGACACAGGAGCAAACUGGAAAAACAUUUAGAUGAACUGAUACCACAGAUGGACACAUCAGGACCAACCAUACAAUAAACACCAAUGACCGACUUGAUUUUCUUUCUACAUGCUUUAAAGACUGGACCAAGUCAUAAGCAAACAGGGAAAUUGCGUUAUAAAGCUUUUUUUAACCAAAUACUAUUUGCACUUUAUCAUUAUCUAUGCACACCAAGUGAUAUGUAUAAUUUUUUUUGACAAUACAUUUCAGGUAUAGGAAAUAAAGAGAUAGCAUGUGUAUAUAGAAAAGAGGGUAAAGGGGAGCAAUGUAAUAUAUUAAGACAUUUAAUAACGCUAAUAUCCCCUGUAUAGCGUAUUUGACUGCAUACUUUAAGAUUUUUUUCCUCCGUGGCCUUGGAUCGAUGUCUGCAGGACUGGAUUCAAGGUGCAGGUAUAAUUUCUUGUGGCGUGAAAUGGAAAUUACCCACAGCAAAGAAAUAGAAAACCCAUCCAAGGCAGUAAUCUGCAGGGAAAGCUGAUACCAUAUCUCAAGGACUAUGAAUUGUGAAAUAAAGACAGCAAAUUCAGCCUGAAAGGUAAAAAGGAAACAGAGUGUGUGUGUGUGUGUGUGUGUGUGUGUGUGUGUGUGUGUGUGUGUGUGUGUGUGUGUGUGUGUGUGUGUGUGUGUGUGUCUGUGUGUGUCUGUGUGUGUGUGUGUGUGUCUGUGUGUCUGUGUGUGUGUGUUACUCAGAGGACUCUGAUCUCGGUCUGUUUAAUCAGACCAAGAGAAUAAAGGGAAUAGAGAUAACUGUAAAGGACUAAACAGGACGUUCCAGCUCGCUGCCUAUGUAUAUGCUAUAAAAGCUCAUCUAGACAUUUUGUUACAGAAAAGGGAAUUCUGAUCCAGUGGUCAGAAAAGAUUUAUAUCAAAGUCAUUUUUUGUAUUAAACUUUAAAGCCAUAAUUAAAAGUGUUACAGAUCUCA